UUGGUAUUAAAGUUGAGCAAUAUCCUCUUGGAAAUCUUGUUCUGAUGGAAGUUGUCAAUGAUCGCCCUUGUUUGCGUGUUUUUAUGCAGUUGCAGGUGUCGGGACGCUCCUCAUUUGCUACCAGGGCAUGAUUCGCGCUUGCAAAGGUUGUACAGCAUUGCAUUCAACACACACCUUUUUUUUCUAGAAUCGCCAAUGUCGAUUUGUCCAAUUGGGUCGUCCUAAUUAUCUAACAGACAACAUAGCUCACUGCAGCCGGGCUUUACCUCCGCACGCAUCACAACUUCCCCGGCCGGAGGCCCAAACUGCUGGGAAGAUAUCUUUGCACGUAUUGGAAAGUCGAGGCACGAAUUUUAUAUCGACUGACCUCGAAGAGUCUGCUAGACUGUACGACCAACGACAUCUCUUGCAUCAGUCACAUAUACACACUUACGAAUAGACGCAUGCACAAUUCGAUAGGCAACACUGUAGUGGGUCCUGAGCUCCAGAAAUCUUCUACUCUCCUGAGUAAUUCACCAAUCAAGGGCGUCUCACGUCACAUACUCAUAAACUGUCCAACGUGCUCCUCUUUAGAGCCAGUCUUCCAGUUCGAUUGGGUCAGCUGGUCGUUCGAGGCUCCGAGCAUAAAUACCUCCCUUGGGUAGUUAUAUGUUUGAGUACAGCAUAGCAGCACAGCUUUUAGGGAGAGAGACCUGCAUUUAAUAUAAUUGCUUGCUUCCAACAUUUUGCCUUGUCACCUGACUUUGCAAUCAGUCCAUAAUUUGAUUCACCUUUGUGUGCGUGGAUUAUCUUUUACAUCGAGAUAACAAUAUUGUCUCGAAUUAGAAAAAUACGAGCUUAACUCAAUAAACUUUCACAAGCACUUCUCUGACUUGGAAAUCACAUUUCAAAAUGCUUGGAGGGAUAUCACUGACAAAAUUUGCCCCAGCGGCCAAAAGCUGCCCCUUUAUUUUCACAAGAUCAACAGGGGUGAAUAGUGCUGCAGUACCUCGGAAAUGCUUUCACGUCGCUGCACGAAACUUAUCUUCGAAGCCUAAAGUACCUCUUAUCUCAACAAGGCAAUUUCGAUCAAAUGCGUCAGGUCGAGCAGCAGUAACCGAUCUUCCUAUGUUCCAUGAUGGACCUGUCCCAGCACCAUACGAACCUCCAACUACAGCAAAAGUACCUGGAUUACCAGUCUACGAUGCUUCCCUUUCUGACAGGGCCGCAUACUGGCAAAAAAUUCCUCGCUGGGCUAAUGUCACAGAAGCUCAAUUCUUAAAAUAUAAGUUUCAUACAAUCCAUACCAUAUCCACUAUAAUGCAGUUAGAAAUUUUCAUGUUGGAAGUUUUGCCCCCAGUCCUUCGAAGACACCCCGAUUUUCCCGGCAUUGUCACUCGUGAGGACUUCAUCGAGGACGUCAAGGAAGGGAUCAAGUUGGCACCUAUGUCGAUUCGCUUGCCACCUCACGUCCUUAGUAUAAUCGACUGGGAAAAUCCGUUCGAAGAUCCCAUUCGUCGCCAGUUUAUACCUAUGAAGUCAAGUAAACUCGAAGAUCACCCCAAAGUUGAGUUGGACUCAUUGCACGAGUCUGAUGACUCUCCGGUGGAAGGUUUCGUUCAUAGGUACUAUGACAAAGCUUUAUUCUUAGCAACAUCAACAUGCCCUCUAUACUGUCGUUUUUGUACUCGUUCAUGGUCUAUUGGGCCUGAUAUGCAAAACGUCAAGAAAACCACAUUCAAGCCUCAACGAAAACGAUGGGAAGAUAUUUUCACUUACAUCGAAGAUACCCCUCAACUUCAAGACAUCGUAGUUUCUGGCGGAGAUUGCUAUAUUUUAACCGCUGAUAACCUUCGUCUAAUUGGCGAACGACUUAUUUCUAUUCCUCAUAUCAAAAGGUUUAGAUUUGCCACGAAGGGUCUUGCUGUUUCUCCUGCGCGCAUCCUUGACGAUAGCGAUGACUGGGCAGCUGAGAUGAUUAGACUCUCAGCAGUGGCUAAGAAGGCAGGAAAGAGUAUGGCUAUCCAUACACAUUUCAAUCAUCCUCGGGAGAUGACCUGGGUUUCAAAAAUGGCACUCCAAAAAUUACACGAGAAUAAUGUUACCGUGAGAAACCAAACUGUCCUACUCAAGGGUGUUAACGAUGAUGUGGCCACCAUGAGUAGCCUCAUCAAAAUUGUGGCUGACAACAACGUCAUUCCCUACUAUGUCUACCAAGCCGAUAUGGUACAAUACGUGGAAGAUCUCCGGACACCACUCUCCACAAUUCUUCAACUCGAACGUCACAUCCGCGGGUCCAUUGGUGGUUUCGUAACACCCAACUUCGUCGUCGAUCUUCCUGGUGGUGGCGGUAAACGUCUUGCCGCAUCAUAUGAUACCUACGAUCCCAUUACUGGGCGCUCAACCUUUACUGCACCUGCAGUCACCGGUAAAAACAAGGAGAACAGAGUCUACGAAUACUGGGAUCCAUUACACUCUCUUCCAAAAUUAACCUCAUCCUCUUAGAGAAUAACCCAAUUUCAUCAAGUAAGAUAAUGGCUGGUAGAUAGAUAGUUAUUUGCUUUGGUGGCACCUACGGAGUUAUCCUUUCGCUCGUUGGUACUUGGUACAUAUACCGAGUUUUCGAGUUCUUCGCGAGCGCAUGCUUUACGGUCCAAAAAUUUCUGUAUCUGGAUUUUAUCCCGAUUUGUUAUUAUAUGAACGCGCGAGUCUAGAUACUGGUUCUAUUUUUGAUGUUGUUCUCUGUUAUGUUUGUUUUGUGGUGGCACGUUUGAUACUUUUGGGACAUAUGGCAACUUCACAGUACCUGCUUCUUUCUUGAAUGCUGAAUUGGUUUGCUUUUGCUUGUGCACGAAUUCUAAGUUAUAAAUUAGGCUUGGUUUCAUGGGGUUUGGAUUGUGGAUGAUACAAGAGUGGUUGGAAGAGAGGGAGGGAAAGACAUCGAUACCAGUUCGAAUAGGCCAAGGAAUUGAUACUGAGUCACUUUGUGGUUUCUCCUGACUCUAUCUUUAAUGGUUCACAUGGGUGGAGACUUUCGCUUGAGAGGAAUUGAUGAAAGGGGAAGUAAAUAUCUGGUCAUUAGUUACCUUACCUACUACUCGUUUGAAUGAGAAUCAAAAGUUAUCAUUUCUUCCAAUA